AUGGGUGCGGGUGGGUCGAAAAGAUAUCGACAAAUUGAAGAAGAAUAUGACAAGUAUAUAUUACGAUGGGAUUACUAUCCACGGCAUCCUGCGUUCUUUCAAGGGCCAGCUGGUACUGUGGUGUAUGCUUUUAAGUUUUAUCCAAAGUAAGUUUUUAAGCCUAAGAUUACUUUUCAAGCCUAAAAUUCAUUUUUAAGCCUAAAAUUUAGUUUAUAAGCCUAAAACUUCUUUAUAAGCUUAAAAUUUACUUUAUAAGCCUAAACUUCAUUUUAUAAGCCAAAAAUUUAAGUAUAAUCGAAAAAUUCAUGUUAUAAGCCUAAAUUUUAGUUUAUAAGCCUAAAAUAUGUUUUAUAAGCCUAAAAUUUACUUUUAAGCUUAAACUUUAUUUUAUAAAUCUAAAAUUCAUUGCUAUAUUGUCUUAGAGUCCACUAUGUAGCUCAUGACACAAAAGAAGCCAAGUUCAUGGAAGACAUGGUGUAUGUUAUGGCCGUUAACGGUUGCAAAGGUUUGAUUCCAGUCGUAUUUUUGCAAAUCUACAAUGACAUUGGAAAACCGUACACAUUUCUUGGCAAUGUUCUACAACAACACAUGUUCAAGCAGAAUCUGAUUGAAUCUAAGUGAGUUUUAAAAAUUUUUGAUGAAUUGCACUAGUAGUACCAGUAGUACCAAAAGGUAAAAGUACUAAGUGUAAUGAAAAUCAUGUUUGUUAUAGAAUAAUAGCUGAAAAUAUCUUUCAGAUGGCAUGUACCAUACGUACCAUUUCACAAUAUAUCAGUUUACAUGAGCGAAAAUGUGGUGGAAGCUGGCUCAUGGUUAAUAUGCAAUCCACAAGAGACUCAGCCAACUUCCGAUCGAUGGCCCGAUUACUGGCUGGCUAUAAAGACUUGCAAUGGCUAUGUCCAAAAACAUAUUCAAAUCUUCAAGGAAACAUACGAUCAUAACAAAGCGUUGGCUACUAGGGUUUAUUUGGAGGCCUUUAGGGUGGGUUAUUAUUGGAUUAAAAUUUUUAGGGUGGGAUAGUACUAAUUAUGAUAAGUUAAUGUUGGUUCAAAAAUAUUAUUCUAGAAAGACGACUCAGCACCAAAAGAGUCAGCCCCAAAGGAACCUGUAUCAAAAAAGACGGGACAAAAGGAAUCAACCCCAAAAGAACCAAAAGGACCAACACAAAAAGACUCAGUACCAAAAGAACCAGCAAAGAAGCCUGAAGCAACGCCAAAAGCAGCUCAAAAAGAAGAAAAAGCACCAAAAUUAGAGCAAAAAGAAAAGAACGCACCAAAAGCAGACCAAAAAGAAGCCAAAAAAGAUGAAAAAUUAGCUGAGAAAGAACAAAAAGUAGAAGAAAAGCAACAAAAAGGAAAAGCUGAAGGAAAAAAGGUAAAAAUAUUGGUUUUUGAUGGUGUAAACAAAGUUUUUGCGAUUUUUUGUUUAGUAAAGAAAGUUCUUGCCAUUUUCUGUUUUACAAAGAGUUUUUGCGACUUUAUCUUCUGUAAAGAAAGUUUUUGCGAUUUUCUUUUAUGUAAUGAAAGUUCUUGCUGUUUUCAUUUAUGUAAAGAAAGUUUUUGCAAUUUGUUGUUUUGUAAAAAAAGGUUUUUGUAUUUUUCAUUUGUGUAAAGAAAGUUUUUGCGAUUAAUAUUUAUGUAAAGAAAGUCUUUGCGAUUAAAAAAAAAUUUUUAGCCAGAUGAAUCUUCGAAGAAUGAAACUUUCUUGGAUGAAGCAAGUUAUCCAUGGAUUCAAUUAUACCCAAAGAAGCUCAUAACCGACACAUUCCCGGGUGUAGCCGAACCUUCUCCACCUGUUCUAUUCUUGAGAAUUCGGAGAACAACGUAGGUUUUGUCUAAAUAGUGGUAUAUUAGGGUAGAAUAUGAUAUAAGACAGGGUAUAUUGUAGGGGUAUACGGUAUGUUUUGCGAUACAGUGUGUAGCAUAAGGAAGGGUAGGAUAUGAUAGAGUAGGGAAGAGUAGAGUAGGUUUGAAUACAGUAGAAUACUCUUCAAAACUAAAAAUUUUCAGCACCGGUCGAUACUACCUAUUCCGGCAGCACGAAGAGACCUUCUCCACUAUAUAUCACUUGUUAGACGCAUACUAUGGCCAUGUUUUACCAUUGGACACGAGUUAUUCACUAAUUUUGGGCGAUCCAGUACUCCUUCAUAGCGAUCCACAACCAGGCAUUCGACCGGUCGACAUGCCCGUUCCAGCCCCCUUACGGCCAAUGAUUCGAUGUAUUGGUAUAGCUAGGACAUUGUUGCCGGUAUGGAAGGAGAAAAACGAAUAUGCAAAUUACGGGCCAGUGGAAGUGGCUAGUUAUGCGAAUUUACCGGGAUUAUAUACGUUUGGGUAUGCCAUGGCGGAGACGAAGAAGUUGAGUGGUAUUUCACCGGUCGGGCAGUGCAGUUUGGGUAGGUUAAUGUCAUAAUCUUAAAAGAAUAAACAUUAGUUUGGGUAGGUUUUUUGAUUGUGGGUUGCGAAAAAAGAUGUUUGAUCGUAUAACAUGGACCUCGCAUCCUGCAACACUUAGGGCGCGUCUAAUUUUUGCAAUUUUUUUCAUUUUUAAGUUGAAAAAUAUUAAAAUUUACAUUUAGGAAUCGUGACGAUGUAUGGUAAGAAGCGAAAAUCGGUUAUUAAAUUCAUAAAAAGCAAUGACUUCAUUUAUCAUGAACAAUUUUUGAAAGACAUUAUGAAGUUGCACAUUCACACGAGGAAACGACAGGACUUCACCAAGUAAGAACUUUGUUCAAAAUACAUAAAAUGGAAAUAACUUUCUUUACAAAACCAGAAAAUGGCAAGAACUUUAUUUUCAAAACAAAAAAUGGCAAGAACUUUCUUUACAAAGCAUAAAAUGACAAGAAAUUUGCUUACAAACAAGAAAUGGCAAGGACUUUCUUUACAAAACAAAAAAUGGCAAGUACUUUCUUUACAGACAUAAAAUGGCAAGAGCUUUCUUUACAAAACGAAAAAUGCCAAAAAUUUUUAUGAAAACACUAAUAUAUGAUAAAGUAUGGUUCUAGUUAACUCUUUAUCACUAUUUUCAGAAAAGAAGGCCACUAUUACAAACCAACCGGUAUGAACUUUUUGGCCAAAUUUCAUGGAUGUGACAUAACAUCGGAACGGAAAUGGAUUGGGUAUGAACGUGUAGGCUUGUACUCGCUGUCAGAGAUGAUGAAGUUGUGGACGGAGCAAAAGAAAUCAUUGUUUUUGAGGGCAAAACUGGAAAUCAUUUAUCAGGUAAGUUAAAAUUAAAAUUUUUUUUAAUUUUAAAAAAUUGCAAAAUUUUUUUUAACGAAUUGGCUUCGUAAGUCCAGUAAGCCUAACACUACUGAGCAUAAAAUUCAUAAACCUAGGCUUCCUAAGGCUACUAAGCGUAAGCCUAUUAAGUCUUAACUACUGUGCCUAAGCCUACAAAAUUUAAGAUUGGUAAGCUUAAGUUUACUAAGUUUAAGCCUAAUUCUAUUGAACUUAAGCCUACAAAAUCCUAAGACCUUUAAGCUUAAAACUAAUCGAAAUCGGAAUCUCAGCUGACCUAUAAGCAUGACUUUAAAUAUAAAGCUUUAACGUAAUAAAUGAUGGAUAAAAAGUUGUGCGGCAUUACCUAAUAUUGGUGACAUAACUAUUUUUAUAACAUAGCCUUAGAGAAAUUGUCAGAAAUCGUGUUGCGCAACUUUUUCUUAUGUAAUAUUGAUUACUUUUGUAAUAUUUGCCUCGAUGUAAAACGACCCAACAAAUUACUGCGAGUGCUGGGAUCUUAUUCUAUGUUACUGCGAGGUGCUAUUUAAUUUUUACCUGCCGUAUUUUGUGAGUAUAUAAAUCUACUCUGCUGCUUAAAAACGUCAUUAUUCAUUUUAGUCAUCCUAGGGGUAAGCCUAGGCUAAGCCUAAGCUAAGCCUAAGUUAAGCCUAAGCUAAGCCUAAACCAAGCCUAAGCUAAACCUAAGCUAAGCCUACGCUAUGCCUAAGCUAAGCCUACGCUAUACCAAAAAACGACACAACAAAUGACUGCGAGUGUUGAGCUCUUACUUUAUAUUACCACGAGGAAUCAGUUUUUAUCUGCCAUACUUAUGAGUAUAUAAACCUAGGUUUUAGCCAUAAAGCGUCAUUAGUAUUAUACCUAUUAAGUGUGAUUUUACUAAACCUAAGAUUAUUAAGCCUAAGCCUACUAAGCUUAAGCCUAUUAAGCCUAAGCCUGCAAAUCUCAAGCCUACUAAGCUUUAGCCUAUUAAGCCUAAGCUUACUAAGUUUAAGCUUACUAAGUUUAAGCUUACUAAGCUUAAGCUUGUUAAACCUAGGCUUAAUAGGGCUAAGCUUAAUAAGUUUACUUAGGCUUAUCGUUUCCAAUUAAUCAAUGUUCUUUAGAUAGUCUGCGGAAUGAGACAUCUGGAGCAAAAUGGUUUGUGUCAUCGGAACCUGAAGGCAUCGAAUGUGAUAGUAAAAGAAGAUUAUGAUUACAAUUGGAGUGUCGUCAUCACUGACUAUAUGUUGCCUUACAGCUUCUUGUUGGUAAGAACUUUUUUAUAAGCUAAAAAUGGCAAGAACGUUCUUUACAAAACAAAAAAUGGCAAAAACUUUCUUUACAAUCUAAACAAAUAAUUUUUCUUUAUCGACCGAUAUUUCUAGAACAAAUCGACCAAGCCCAUUCCCUACGAACGGCUGCAUUGGCGUUGGAUGGCUCCAGAAAGCCUUACGAAAGGCCAAUUUGAUAUUGUCUCAGAUGUCUGGGCCUUUGGAUGUACGGUGUUUGAGUUGAUGACGUGGGGAAAAGUACCGUGGUACUAUGACAAGGACAUCACAGUACCAGCGGAUAUUAUUCAAAAAACCAAUAAAGGAUUUUUGAUGACAAAUGACCCAAAAGUACCGGAUUAUACCGUGAGGUUGAGUGAGAUUUGCAUGGAGACUGAUACAAAGGUAAGUUAUUUGGGGGUUUCAGGGUGGAAAGAAAGUUUUUUGCGAUUUUUUGGUUUGUAAAGAAAGUUCUUGCUAUUUUUUGAUAUGUAAAGAAAGUUUUUGCAUUUUUUUUGUUUUGUAAAGAAAGUUCUUGCUGUUUUUAAUUUUUAAACUAUUUUUUGUCGUUUUUUCUUCUGUAAAGAAAGUUCUUGCAAUUUUUUUACGAUUUAUGAACUUUUGCAGGCUGCGAGUUUUAUGUUAUACGAAAGGAAAGAUACUAAUUCCGUAUUUUUUAGCUACGCCCAUCUUUUCACAAACUGCUGAACUUUCUUGGUGUUUUGUUAUACGAUGCGACGAAGCCGGUAGAACGAACACUGUACGACAAUGCUAUGAGUAAAUGCAAGGGAUCUGUCACUACUGGUAACGCCAAAACCUUGCGGUGA